AUGAAAACUGUUAAUAUUUGGUACCAAACAAAACAACUUGAAGAACAUAAAAUAAAUUCAUUUAUGCGAAUAUUGGCAGAAAAAACUGGAAUCAAUUGUGAAGGUUGCAAGAUCACUAAUCAAGCAGCUCAUUAUGAAUGGCCAAAGAAUAGUGUUCAGAAGGCUAUACUAAAUAGUUUAAUGACAAUUUUAAAAACUCCUAAACCAUUAUUAGAUACCCAAAAUUAUCAGCCUAAUAUACUUUCUACUACUGACUCAUAUAAUCAAUUCAGAUUUGCAAGACAAAUUUAUCAAGAUCUUGUAUCAAAAUUGCAAACAACUUUACCACAAGCAAAAUCAUCGAAACCACAAGCAACUCCACCACAAGUGAAUAUGUUAUCAAGAUUACCUUUGCACCAAUUACUAUUAGUUCCGAAUGAAGGCUUAGAAAUUCAAAAAUUUCAAGCAAUGCAAAAAGAAUUUCAAAAAAUUCAAACAACUCAAAAAGAAUUUCAAGAAAUUCAAACAACUCAAAAGGAAAUUCAAGAAAUUCAAGUGACACAAAAAGAAUUUCAAGAAAUUCAAGCAACCCAAAAAAAAUUUCUUCAAGGAGAUUUAUUUAUGAAUUUAAGCAUUACAUUUCAU